AGCUAUUCAACAAAAUUCUGCUAAAGAUAUUUACAUAGACAAAUAGUUUCAUGGCAUCCAAUAUGGAGAAGAGCAAGAAGGAGGAGACACCUGCUUCAACUGAUGAGCCAGUCAUCAAAUACAGAGGAAUCAAGGCCAUGCCCUUUAUAAUUGGAAAUGAGACCUUUGAGAAGCUUGGGACUGUUGGGUCAUCAACAAAUCUUAUGGUGUAUCUAACUACUGUGUUCAACAUGAAGAGUGUCACAGCUGCAACUCUUAUUAAUGUCUUCAAUGGUACCACAAACAUGGCUCCAUUGGUUGGAGCUUUCCUUUCUGACACUUACUUUGGACGUUAUAAGUCCUUGGGGUUUGCUUCCAUAGCUUCUUUCCUGGGAAUGGUGAUAUUGGCACUAACUGCAGCAAUCUCCAAACUGCACCCACCAACAUGUGGAAACAAUGAAAGUAGCAUGUGUGUUGGUCCAACAACAUGGCAAAUGGCCUUUCUACUAAGUGGAUUUGGUUUCCUGGUUGUUGGAGCUGGUGGCAUCAGACCUUGCAAUCUAGCCUUUGGUGCUGACCAAUUUGAUCCGGAAACCGAAUCCGGCAAAAGGGGUAUCGGCAGUUUCUUCAAUUGGUACUACUUUACCUACACAUUCGCGGUCAUGGUCUCUGUGACUCUCAUUGUUUAUGUGCAAUCAAGUGUCAGUUGGGCUAUUGGGUUAGGAAUUCCUGCAUUCCUGAUGUUCCUUUCAUGUGCAAUGUUCUUCUUGGGUACCAAAAUCUAUGUGAUAGUGAAACCACAAGGGAGUCCCUUAACUAGUGUGGCACAAGUAGUUGUUUCUGCUGCUAAGAAGCAGAAAUUGAAGCUACCUGAGGACCUCUUACUCAACCUCUUCAAUUAUAUUCCAACCAAAUCAAUCAACUCCAGGCUUUCUCACACAAAUCAGUUCCAGUUUCUCGACAAGGCUGCGAUCGUUACAAAUGAAGACAAAAUCAACUUAGAUGGUUCAGCUGCUAAUCCAUGGAGACUAUGCAGCACUCAACAAGUAGAAGAAGUGAAAUGCUUGUUGAGAAUACUACCAAUAUGGGCAUCAGCCAUGAUAUACCAUGUUGGACUAAUCCAGCAGCAGACAUUUGCGGUUCUCCAGUCCCUACAAUCCGACAGACAACUCGGCCACACCAGCUUUGAGGUUCCUGCAGCAUCAUACACAGUCUUUACAAUGCUAACACUAACAAUUUGGAUUCCAAUAUACGAUCGGAUCAUUGUCCCAUUCCUCCAAAAACUAACUGGAAAAGAAGGUGGAUUUACUUUACUUCAAAGAAUGGGGAUUGGAAUAGUCCUGUCAAUCCUUUGUAUGAUUGUUUCAGCAUUGGUUGAAGAAGAAAGAAGGACUACUGCUCUUACAAAACCAACUCUAGGCAUUGCACCAAAAGGAGGAGCUAUAUCAUCACUAUCCAGUAUGUGGUUGGUCCCUCAGCUUGCACUUGUUGGACUAUCAGAGGGUUUUAAUUACAUAGCACAAGUUGAAUUCUACUACAAACAAUUCCCAGAAAACAUGAGAAGCAUUGCUGGGUCAUUCUUCUUUUGUGGGUAUGCAAGCUCAAACUAUCUAAGCAGUUUCCUUGUCUCAAUGGUUCAUCAGCUGUCGUCGAGAAGCCGGACCGGGGGAUGGUUAGCAGAGGAUCUUAAUAAGGGGAAAUUGGACUACUUUUAUUACAUGAUUGCUGGUAUGGGUGUUGUGAAUUUUGUGUAUUUUCUGUUGUGUGCAAAGUGGUAUAGAUACAAAGGUACUGGUGAUGGCUCAAUUGAGAUGACAAAGGAUUCUGUAAAGCACAUUGUGUGAAGGUAUUUGACAGCAAGUGUUAGGGUACUGAAAAGUUUGUUGAAAUAAAGAUAAGGAGAAGGAAAACAAUCAAUCUUCCAAAUUUCAACAAAUAUAGUAAUGUCAUUUAU